AUGUUUGAUUUGAAUUCGAUACAAGAGACUGUUUUUAUUGAAUAGAAAAUCAUGUAUAUUGAACUAAUAGAAAAACUCAUAAUUAAGAAUUAAGAAUUGGAAAAAAAAAACUACAUUUUAAGAUUAAAAUGUUAAGAACAAUCGAUUAAAUUAAAAUAUCUUGAAUAGAUCAAGUAAAAAUCAUAACAUUAGAUUUUUACAAAAGUUCUAUAAGAUUCUGGCUAUUAAAUUAUUUAAUUUAAAAAAAAUUUGUAGGGUAAAAAAAAGCAAGAAUUUCAAUUAUUGACUAAAAAGGAUUAGAUUAAAAAAUAAGAUAUGUAAUUUGAGCAGAAUUAAGAAACUGAAAAAAAACAAAAGAAGCAAUAAGAACUUGAGAAAACUGCGGCAAAAAAUAUAAUUAACUAAUAGAAAAUAGUUGAAUUGGAUGAUUUAUAAAAGAAUGAUUUAGAGAAUUAAUUAAAGUUGGAUGUAAAUUCUAUUACAAAUGAAUAAUUCCACACGAUUUAAAUAUUAAACCAAUCAUAAAACGAAUAAAAACAAUAGAUUGGACUAGAGGAAAAUAAGGAUCCGAAUUAUCAAAAUGAAAAGACCUCUCAAAAAUAAUAAUAGCAAUCAUUAGAUCUUAAUAAUUAAUUAAAAAAUGAACAUAUCGAAGAAAUUAAAUCAUACAGGAUGUUAAUUUAAAAAUUACAAAAUGAAAAAUUAUAAAACGAAAAAAAAAUUAUAGAAUUAACUCAAUAUAUAUCUUAAAUAUAAAAGAUGUCACCAAAUUAAGAAGAUUCCACUAUGAUAAUAGAAUAUACAGAAGAAAAUUAAAAAGAUUAAUUCUAAAAUGGACAUUCUAAAAAGGAAUACAUGGUAAAUUAAAAUCAUCAUUAAAUUGAUUAAUUAGAGAAAGAAGAAUUAUUGAUAGAAUUAAAUGAAGAAAGAAGAAAGAAUAAUGAUCUAAUUAAAAGUCAAUAAACGUUUUUAUAAGAAUUAACAAAAAUAUACAAAUCCUCUAAAAUUAGGAAAUUAGAAUUUGAAGAUUAAGAAGAAGAAGAUGAUGAUGAUGAUAAUAUGGUUGUUUAAGAGAAACAAAUAAAUUAAUACUAAUUCCUUAAAGAAUGGAAGAACAAUUUAUAACAAUUGGCUGAUGAAAUAGGAGAAUAUGAAGAAAAUGAAAGGAAUCUCAAAUAAGAAGUUCAAAAUUUUACAGCAUUUAAAAUAAAAUAUGAAGAACUUACUAUGUAUUAUACAGAGGCCUAUAAUAGAUUAGGAUAAGCGCUUUAAUAAAUUGAUGAAUUGAAUUAAGAAAUAGAUAAUAAAAAUUCUCUAUUAUAAGAAUAUAGUAAACAAAAAACGUAAUAAUAAGAAGGAGAUUAUAACUAAAACGAAGAUAAUCAAUUUUAAGAAAAUAAUGAAUAUGUUUCAUAAUUGAAAUAGGAAAUAUUGUAUUUGAAACACAAUAUGUCAUAACUCCAAGCAUAAUUAGAUGAAAUUUAACAAUAAGAAUACUAUUAGAGAAUGAGUUAAAUAUUGUAAGAGAAUGAUGAAUUAAAAAAAAUAAAUAGUGACAAUUUAGAAGAUUCUCAGAGAAAAGAUAAAUUUAUCGAAGAAUUGUAAUAAUAAUUACUAACAAAUUCUCAAAUAAUACUCAAUUAAGAUCUAUUAGAGAAAAAAAAUCAAUAGGAACUGCAAUAAGAAAAUGACUUUAAUCAAUAAAAUUAAGAUUGA